AUGGGGCGGUUGGGAACGCGAUGCGAUCGGUGCCCGUCGCGCGCGCGCGGGCGGGUCUCGAGCGCGCUCGCGAUCGCGGUGACGGUGCUGUGCGCGGUAUCGCUCGCGUCGGUGAGCGACGCGGGGUGGACGACGCCGAGGGCGAGGGCGACGGACGCGGGGACGGAGCGGAGCGCGGCGCCCGGGCGGGCGGCGAGGACGACGGCCAAGGCGCUGCCGAGCGGACCGUGUCCGCUCGCGCCGUUGGCGAUAUGUGAAAAGUUGAAUUACGUCGUGAUCGAGGAGGAGUUGCGGGCGAAGGACGCGGCGGAGUCGUGCGCGAGGAUGCCGACGGGGAGGCGGUUGGCGUGCGGUUUCGCGCGCGGGGCGUUGGCGACGCUCAGUCGAGCGACGAAUUUUGGACGCGUGGCGUUCGCGAGAGAGGCUCGCGUGGUGCCUCUGUUUGGUGGUGCGCGACGGGCGUCGCGCCAGGCGUCGUACGAUCACGCCCUGGCGUCGCUGUGUGAUCUUCGGCAGAACAAACUGUGCGGCGCCGUCGUGGAGCAGCGCAUUGAGUUCGCCGGGAAACGCGCCGAGCAAGCGACGGAAUGCAGCGCGGCGGAUGCGCUCGGCGAUCAGUGGGAGACGUCCAAGUCGAUGUGUGCGCGCAAAGCGGCAGAGAUUCGCGCGCAGAAGAAGCAGAUGGACGACGAGGUGCGCGAACUGGAGCUGGAAUACGAGAAGAAAUUCGGCGGUCCCGCGUCAAAGGAGACGAAUUUGAAAAAUUUCAAAAAGUUUACCAAGUCGUCCAAGGGCAAAGUGCCAUCGUCAGUCAAUUGUCGCUCGGUGAAGUAUGGCGACAAGCCGGAGAAUGACGACUUGAUCGUCGUGUCUCUGAAGGACGUUCGCGACAGGCUCGUGCAAACGCGCGCGUCGGGCGGCUACUGCAACAAGGAGGCCAUCGACAGCAUCGUGAACAGCAAGUCGGCGUCGUCUCGAAGCAAGGCGAUGAAAAACCUGGUUCUCCCGGGAGAGUACUUCGAGCACUGCGACGGCGUGCUCAAGCAUCUCGAUUUCAUGAUCGAUCUCCUCAACCUGCAGCGCAAGGCAAAGGUCGAGUCCACGGGCAAGCAAUAUCAGCCGUGGUGCGAUGAGGUCGACGGAGGCGACUCAUUCGCCUCGGAUGGAACAAGCGCGGAUGCAAAAGAGUUUGUCGCGCGUCGCAAAGAAAUGUCCAACAGCGCCAAGGAGAUUACGAGCAAGCGCGUCAAGUUUGAGCGCGAGCAACUGAAGAUGAUGGAGGAACUUCGCGAGGAGUGCACGACGCGCUUGAACGCGGUUCAUAAGCUUCACUCGCACGCACUCACGAAGUGCCAAAAGCACGACUCGCGUCUCCGCGUGCUUCGCGAGGACAUCAACACUACCGAGACAAACGUUGAGCGCAUCGUUCCCGCGCUGGAUCAAGUCAUCACCGCCAUCGCCAUCGUUGGCGCCACGCCCGAAUCUGCGGCGUCGUUGGCGUCCGCGAUGGCGCUCGCUGAGCUCGCUGAAAUAAGUCCGACUAAAGAUCAGUUUGAUCUCAAGCGUAUGCUCGGCGCCGAACCUUUGGCGACGUUGCGAAAGGUGUGCACGCAGAGCGCGAUUUUAGGCGCCGGCGGAGGCAAACAAGACGCGACAAAAUCGUGUCCAGACUUUCAGUCUCCGGGUCCGAUUUCAUGCGCACAAUCGUGCGCGGCGAUGGAAGAGGCCUCGAUUGGGCGCGCGGGGCGGAGAGACAAGCCGUUCUCGCUCGGCAUAAUCGCUGGCAUUGCAAUCGGGUACAUCCUGUUUGCGAAAUUACGGCUUGGCGGUUCAUUAGAGAGCGAGGCGCAAAAGUCAAAGACGGAGUAA